AAUACAAACUCACUAAACUCUGUGAGAACGACUGCCACAACGUCGAUUGGCUGCACGUUGUUGUAGACGCCGUCGACAAACUACCAACCGCAUUUUAUGCUGUUUGCUUCUCAAUUUUAUACACGCUCUAGUGCAGAAUUGUGUGCGUUGGAAAUUAGUGAUUCCAAAUUUGGAUUUAUUAGCCAGAGUUACGUGCCUUUGUGAAAUCAUUUACUCGUAAGUCGAGACUUGACAUACCCUACUUGUGUUGUGCAGACUAGCCAUGAAGCGAGAAGCUGACGGUGAUAUGGGUUCCCCGCACAAACGUUCACGGAGAGGAGACGAGGAAGUUCGUUUACUUAUUCCCAGUAAGGUUGCCGGUUCUAUUAUCGGUAAGGGAGGUUCGAACAUUACCAAGUUGAGGAGUCAGUACAAAGCCUCCAUUACUGUCCCUGAUUGCCCAGGCCCUGAACGGCUGUUAACGUUGUCUUCCGAUAUGGAUUCCGUCUGCAAUAUCGUGGGAGACGUCAUUCCCAAUUUGGAAGAGAAUGGUGCUCGUGUAAACGAUAGCGAAUUGGAUUUGCGCAUGAUGAUUCACCAGAGCCAGGCUGGGUGCGUUAUUGGAAAAGCCGGACAAAAAAUCAAGGAAAUCAGAGACAAAACUGGAGCACGUAUCAAGAUCUUCUCCAAUUUAGCCCCGCAAAGUACCGAUAGAGUGAUACAAAUCAUUGGAGAACCAGCAAAAUGCAUUGAUACAAUCAGGGAAAUUUUGACGCUGAUUAAACAGAGCCCCAUCAAAGGAGCUGUUAAUCCAUAUGAUCCCCAUAAUUUCGAUGAAGUGUAUUCUGAAGAGUACGGCGGCUGGGGUAACCAGCAAGGAGGCGGUGGUAACGGCGGCCCCGGUGGUCGUCGUGGAGGUGGCGACGGUCCCAGAGGAGGAGGUAAUUCCAGAAACGGUAUGCGCGACGGCCCUGGAGGCGGCGGCGGAGGAAGAUUCAACAGUCGCGGAGGUGGGAACAUAGGCCGCGGCGGCGGCAGUUCUGGAUCUCGUGACUUUGGAGGUGGCGGUGGAGGUUUCAACAGAUUAGGAGGAAAUAACCGCGGAGGCAGUGGUGGUGGUUUUGGAGGAGGUCGCGAUAACUUUGGAGGCGGCAGAGAUAGUUUUGGAGGAGGUCGCGACAGCUUCGGUAGUGGAAACCGCGACAAUUUUGGUGGAGGCGGAGGCCGCGAUAACUUUGGAAGUGGUGGCGGAGGAUUUGGUGGUUCGAGUUCUUCAUUUGGAGGUGGUUCAAGAGGAGGUGGUCCUCCUCCAUUUGAACGCAAUGGGUGGGGAGGUGGUUCGUCCAACCAGUUCUCUUCUCCCCCUCCAAGCGUAAUGUCUGGAAAUAUACCAUCAUCUGGUGGUAAUUUGGGUGGUGGAUCUGGAGGUGGUUCUGGAGGAAAUUCCAACACCACUCAGGUGACUAUUCCUAAAGAGCUUGCUGGAGCCAUAAUCGGCAAAGGAGGCGGCAGAAUCAGAAAAAUCCGCAUGGAUUCAGGUGCUAACAUAACUAUUGAUGAACCACUUCCUGGAUCCAAUGAUCGCAUCAUCUCCAUCACUGGGGCACCAAACCAAAUACAGAUGGCACAAUAUUUACUUCAGCAGAGUGCAAAUCUUGGCAUCAAUUCCCAAGCGAGACAUUAAAGGAAGAUCAUGUUGUAUGUCCAUAACAACACGGAACGCAAUAAUUAUUAAGAAGACUCAAGGGGCCUAUGAGGAGUAUGUAAUCAUAUAAUGGAUCUUACAAUUAUCAUUGUAGACUUACAAUUAUCAUUGUAGAGUGGAAUAUUUUUUAGGUUAUAAACUUUGUGUAAUCAUAUUCUUGAUAAUCUUGAUCAUAAGAAACAUUCCAUUUUGACUUCUUCAUGGGCAAAUACCAAAUUUAUGAAAUUUUGAUAAAUGUAAUACAGUUCUUCCAAAGUACGUAAUUGCAAAAAAAAUCGGGAAGCAUCACAUUAUUAAAGAUUUUUUUAUUUGUUUGAAAUUUCGUGUACUGACUUUUCCUGAAUGAAUAUUACAUCUAUUGUGUCUUAACCAACAAGAUUUGGUUUUUUCUGGUUUACUGCCUUUUUUUUUGGUUUGACAUGGCAUAAAUAUUGUUUGCCUUAAAGUUCAUUAUUGGGAUAUUCAUUAUGUUUAACUUCAUGUAUAGUACUAACAGUGAAAAUUGAAAGUUUUGUAUUAUAAUAGUGAACUUGACUUCUGUCGAGUUCAAGAUUAUGUAUGCCAUGGAACAAUCUAGUACAAAUUAUUUCUUCAAUGUUCUGUGGUUUUGAAAUACAGUCAUGGGCAGAUCAGCGUUAUUUUUUAAGUUUUCUCUAAGUAGUAUAUAUCAGACUUUGUGUUUAUGUAUGGAUUAGAAUAUGUAAUGCUUUAAUGACAUAAUAAAAGUAUUUCACUUA